AUGCGCAAGGCGGGUGUGUUUGAGCCAACGUCUUGGAAGUUGUUUGAGGUGCGAAUGACAUGUUGGCUUGUCGUUGUGGCAGAGGAGGUGGGAGGCGUGCUUGCCAGCGUCGAUACACGCCCUGACUUGUUACACACCAACCGAGCCUGUUGCAUCAGUGUGUCUGUCCGAGUCGUAGAGACCGCGGAGAGCAGAGGCGGACAGCAGGGUGGUGGAGAUGGAGGCGGUGGUGAUGCUCACCUUGGCAACCGUAUUCGUGGAGCCUACGGCUGGGCGAAGGCCGCCAACCUGCGACUGUGGAGGCGACCCUCCAACGAGGAGCUGACGUGCAACUCGAUGGUGAAUGUCCUGGAUCUGGUGGAAGGCGAUCUCUACGUGGAAUAA